AUGCCCGGCACCAUCGGCGACACGACCGCCGCCGAGGUCCACCGCAGCCUCCUCGCCAACGUCCAGACGCCCGUGCUCAUCGUCGAGGCGUUCGUGCGCCGCCGCUUCUUCCGCCCGGGCAGCCGCAUCGUGUACCUGUCCUCCAUCCGCGCGCGCCAGCCGUGGAGCGGGCAGCUCAUGUACGCCGCCGGCAAGUCGGCCGGGGAGUCGCUCUGUCGGACCUGGGCGCAGGCCUUUGGCGGCAAGGAGGAGCGGUUUGCCUUCAUGGAGGGCACGACGGCGAAUGCCGUAUCCGUCGGUCUCACCGAGACGGAGGCCGUGAUGAACUGCGGGCCGGACGCCGUGCAGGCGUUUCAGGACGAGUUCUUCCCGUCGCAGAGCAUACCGCGGUUCGGACAGCCAGAGGACGUCGCCGAUGUCGUGGGCUUGCUGUGCAGUGAGGAUGCUCGCUGGAUCACGGGCUGUGUUGUCAGCGCCAGCGGAGGAGGCAUCAAGAUUGGAUAA